AGUAGAGAGAGAUAUUUUUGCAAUGAUCGAAUUAGGUGAUGUAUACAAAGUGGUGGUGGCGAUGACGCCGCUUUACGUGGCGUUGGUGCUCGGCUACUCCUCCGUGAGGUGGUGGCGGAUGUUCAAGCCCGACCAAUGCGACGCCAUCAACCGCUUCAACUGCUACUUCAUCAUCCCCUUCUUCACCUUCCAGUUCACCUCCGGCGUCGACCCCUACGCCAUGAACUUCCGCUUCCUCGCCGGAGACGUCGUCGCCAAGGCCAUCGCCGCCGCCGCAUUGGCUCUCUGGGCAAAAUUCGCCAAAAAGAGCAGCUUCGCUUGGGUGAUAACCUCCUUCAAUCUUUCCAGCUUCAACAACACGCUCGUCGUCGGGGUUCCGUUGCUCAAGGCCAUGUACGGCGCCGCCGGGGAGGAUCUGGUGGUGCAGUCGUCCGUCAUCCAGUCUCUUGUUUGGUUCCCAAUCCUCUUGUUCAUGCUCGAGUUCUGGCGUGCCAGCUCCUGCUCCUCCUCGUCUGACGAUGUUGUUGACGAGGAGAAGCCGCAGCCGAUUUCUACGGACGGUGAUGGUUCAAAUAAUACGAUCGUCGUGGUUGUUGAUGCCUUGGCGACGUCGAAUUUGAGAUCAACGCUGAAACAGGUUGGCGUGAAGCUCGGAAAGAAUCCGAAUUGCUAUGCGUGUGCGCUUGGCGUCGUUUGGGCUCUGCUGGCAAAAAGGUGGGAUUUUGAAAUGCCAAGCAUAAUGGAAGGAUCGAUUUUGAUAAUGGCCAAGGCAGGAAGUGGGGUGGCCAUGUUCAGCAUGGGGUUGUUCAUGGCAUUGCAAGAGAAGGUAAUAGCUUGUGGUGUGCGGCUCACGAUUUAUAGUAUGGUUUUGAGGUUUGUGGGUGGCCCACUUUGUACUGCUGUUGGAUCUAUUGCUUUAGGCCUGCGCUCCAAUACUCUGCGUAUUGCUAUUGUUCAGGCAGCUUUACCACAAGCUAUCGCCUCCUUCGUGUUUGCAAAAGAGUAUGGGUUGCAUGCUAACGUACUCAGCACUGCGGUCAUUUUUGGCACUAUCGCAUCUCUUCCUCUAUUGAUCAUGUACUACGCCAUUUUAGAUAUGCUCCGUUGAUUAUUCCAAUGCAAGUUGAAAAAUUCCCAUCGAACAAACUAAAAAUGAGCUUAUAAUUAUUCCAGUAGUAUUGUGACUUCAUUUAUUGGAUGUACACCAAUGAGUCAUUUUGUAUCGUGA